AUGGAAAGGGUAAGCACCAUCCUUGAUGAAUACAGUAGUGAAUAUUCUGAGAUCUGGGGAGGAGACUUCAGAGCUGAGGAACUAGAUGAGCUAGAUAGAUUAUACCCGAACUACAAGGAAAUGGAACCUGAAGAUAUGGACUCUGAAAUAGAAAUUCUACGGAGGCGAAUGGGAACAGAAGAAUCAGAUGAGAGAGAAGAUAUUCAAAGAGAAAUUGAAUAUGUCAGCCAACUUAGAAGAAUGAAGGUCUGGAAGAAUUCAGAAACUGAGGCCUACCUAGACGCAACCCACAACACUCUCAAGGAAGAGGUGAAAACCCUAGUUGUACUUAAGAGAAUAGCUAAGGCUGAAGUUAGAAGGAACAACUACUCAGAAAGAAUAAACAGGUUGAAGGAAAUUAUAAAAAACUUAGGUUUCAAUCCUAAUGAGCCUGAGAAGGAGUUAGAAGUGGAGGAAGAAGAACGCAGGAAGGAAGAACCUGCGAAGAAGGAGGAAGAGGACCGAAGAAAGGCAGCUGAGUUGGAACGCAAGAGGCUCGCAGAAGCUGCUGAAAUAGAACGCAAAAAGAAUGCAGAAGCUGAGAUUAAAAGGCGACUAGAAUCCUUGAAAGAUGAUAAGGAGAAAACAGAGUAUUGGAGAAAAAAGCUUGAAGAAUGGGAGAAGGAAAAGUCUAAACCUGAGGAACCAAAGAAGUCUCAACCUGAGAAACCUAAGAAGUCUCAACCUGAGGAACUAAAAAAGCCUAGAGUUAAAGAACCUAAAAAACCUGAAUUCAAGGAACCUAAGAAGGUAGACAUAAGUGAGAAGUCUGAGGAGCCCGCAGGUCCUGACACUGAAUGGGUAGAUAAUACUUACAACUUUGAGGGUCUUCUAUUCCAAGUCGCAGAGGAUAGUAUCCCAGAAGACGAUCAACCUAUAUUCAGUGGUGAUAGCACAGAAACAAUGGUGAAGGAUGUUAGAAAAGAUCUAACGAGGUAUGAAAGAUUCAAAUCAUGGGUUGAAGAUAACUUCGGAGUUGUGAUUGCAGGUAUUAUAAUAUCAGUUGCUGCUCUCCUUACAGCUGUCAUCAUACAGACCAGGAAACUUUCCUCAAAAGCAGCAAACUUUUCAAAUAAAGGUUCAGGUUCAGAUUCACAACCAAGACCACUCCCUGAUGUAGCAAACAAACUAAUUAAAUUCAUAUCAUCAAACUUAUGGAAAAUAGCAAUAGCUGUAGGAAUAGCCUUAUACGUUUAUAACUAA